CCGUGUCGACCACCUCAUGAAGGUCAGAGUUGGUGCUUUUCAAGAUCCCGGAGCAUUGUGUCAGCAAAACUCUCCCUGUGUUUCAUCAACUGUGUGUCUCUGCUGACAUUUCUGUCUCAUCAGGUUGGAAAGAAUAAUUUUCGCCCUCCUCCAAAAGUGGAGUCAAGUGUUGUCAGGAUAGAAUUGAAGAAUCCUCCACCUCCAGUGAAUUUCCAGUGGGACGGCCUGGUUAGAAUAGCUUUCGUAAGGAGAAACAAAACCCUGAGUGCUGCGUUCAAGUCGACUGCAGUGGAACAACUCCUGGAGAAAAACUACAGGAUCCACUGCUCU